AGCGUUCCUGUCUCGUCCUUCACCAUCCACUCCCCCUCUGCAAAACUCUCCGAGCUUCAAGAGAUUACUUCCGCUGCAAUGGAAACCCUAAAACUUCCCUCAAAAACUCCAAAAACCGUGAAAUCUUGCACUCCGAGGAAACCGACUCACCCCAAUUUGACGGCGUCGAAGGUUCGAGUAAUUGUGAGGGUACGCCCUUUUCUCCCUCACGAAAUUACCUCAAAAAAUGGAAACCCAACCUCUUGUGUUUCAUUAAUUGAAAAAGAUUUUCAGUCUCGUGAAGAAGUCGCAGUUCAUGUCAAAGAUCCUGAUACCAGCCGAAAUGAGUGCUAUCAACUAGACUCGUUCUUUAGCCAAGAAGAUAAUAAUGUGAACCAGAUCUUUGAGAGAGAAGUGAGCCCUUUCAUUCCAGGGAUUUUUAGUGGUUGCAACGCUACAGUGUUCGCUUAUGGAGCUACCGGUAGUGGAAAGACUUAUACGAUGCAGGGAAAUGAUGAUCAGCCGGGUCUAAUGCUAUUGGCAAUGUCCACAAUUCUCUCAUUGUGCCAGACCACGGGAAGAACCGCAGAGAUUUCCUACUACGAGGUGUAUUUGGACAGGUGCUAUGAUCUUUUAGAACCCAAAGCUAAGGAAAUUGCAGUCUUGGAUGACAAAGAUGGGCAAACCCAUCUCCGGGGAUUAUCUCGUGUCAUCGUCAGUUCUACUUCUGAAUUUCAAGAGGCAUUCUCUUGUGGAGUUCAGAGACGGAGAACUGCACAUACGGGUCUCAAUGACGUCUCUAGCAGAAGCCAUGGAGUCCUAGUGAUUUAUGUUUCCACUCCUUGUGGUGAUGGUUAUGGUUCUAUGGUCUCUGGGAAACUGAACCUAAUAGACUUGGCAGGCAAUGAAGAUAACAGAAGAACUUGCAAUGAAGGUAUACGUCUCCUGGAGAGUGCCAAGAUCAACCAAUCCUUGUUUUCAUUAUCGAAUGUUAUUUAUGCACUGAAUAACAACACACCAAGAGUGCCCUACCGGGAUUGUAAGCUAACUCGUAUAUUGCAAGAUUCUCUUGGAGGAACAAGUCGUGCUUUGAUGAUUGCUUGCCUGAAUCCUGGUGAGUACGGAGAAUCUGUUCAUACAGUCAGCUUGGCUGCUAGGUCACGCCACAUAUCAAAUUUUGUUUCGUCCUCUCAAAAGUCGGGGACUCCAGAGCUAAAAAUUGACAUGGAGGCAAAAUUGAGAGCCUGGCUUGAAUCAAAAGGCAAGACAAAGCGUGCACACAGAUCAUGUGCAUUUGGUUCUCCCUUUUCAGGAAAAACUAAAAAACCCAUAAGUUCCAUAAAGAAAAUUAACAAUCAUAGUUCUGCUAAAGGCCAUGCUGCUCCUAAUGCUAACGAAAGGACCUUAUAUAUGCCUUCCAAAAAUCUAUUUAUGAAUGAAUGCCUCGCCGACCACUUAGAGAAUCUGCACUUUGAUGUUGAAAACAAAUUGGAAGAAUGUAAUGAUUGCACAGGUGAUAUUGUUUCAGAAUCAAUUACAUGCUUAGCAGAUGAACAAUCGGACGAGGAGGAGAAGGUAACUUCCAUGUGUUCUACUAUUUCUAUGGUUUCGUCACCUGCUAGUGGCAGAAAAAAUGCAGCACAAAGUCCUUUCAGAAAAGCUCUCUCCCCCAUCAAUAACAAUGUUGACCGUGAACGACUUGAUGAACCAUAUCUCUCAAACUUUUCUUUUUCAACCCUACUGGAGCCAAAGACUCCAAAGACACCUUUCAUGGCAAACAGUGAACAUAGCAAUAGUAAAAAUUUCCGCACUCCAAUUGAUAAAUUUAACGCCAUGAGUUCUAGUUUUAAGAGCUCUCUUAUUCAAGAAUAUGUUGACUUCUUAAACACAGCCAGCAGAGAGGAACUAAUGGAGCUGAAGGGGAUUGGAAUGAAGAUGGCAGGGUACAUUGUUGAUCUCAGAGAAACAAGCCCUCUGAAAUCGUUGAUUGAUUUGGAGAAGAUCGGUCUCUCGUCUAAGCAGGUUUAUAACAUCUUCAGAAGGGCUGCAACAGGAAUAUUCGAUAGAAAGGAAAGUCCAACACCUUGUUGUGCAGAGACUUCAUGGGUCAACCAAACUCUACCUAACAAAUAAAUUGUACUCGGUUUUCCAAUCAACUUGUAACAAGACUGCUUCUCUAGUCCUUAACUUGACUACAUUGGAUAAGUCUGAUUGUAAGUGAUUCAAUUUAUCCAAAUUUGACUGUAUAAAGUCCAAAGUUACUAGCUUUUAACUCCGGUA